AUGCUGCAAGCAACCCCUCUUCUUAAAACUGGUCUCAUUUUCUUCCAAUCUUUCACCAACCCAAUGGGAUGGCUUCAGUCCUUUCUCUGCCCUUUGAAGAAGCUCUGGGAUCGGCUUCAUUCAGGCCACAGAAAGAGGAGAGGAAUAUACAUUCUGUAUAAGGAUGUGAAGUCUUGCCCUUGCGAAGAUGUUCAUGUUCUUUGGUCAAUACUGGUUGAGUCAGGGGCUGCAUCUGCUUCUUUGCCAUCAAAAUGAUUGAUUCUCUAAUUUACCUUACACCAAGUAAACGUUGAUAUACUUCAUAUCAUUUAUAAAUGUACAGCCUUUUAAAUGCACGAUUUCUGUAUCGUGGUUUUAUUCUUGUAUUUCUGUAGAUUCUUAUAUCAGUGGCUGAACGAGUUGUAAAUUGCUCGUCGCCUUUUCCCCCUAAAGUAAAUCAUGCUUUAAACUGCUGAUGUACUCAGUUAUACAAGUUGUGGACAACAGUUGUGGCUAAUUUUAUCACCCUUUUCUUUGUGUUAUUAUUAGGAUCAUGGAAAAGAAAUGAAAAGGAAGAAUGUUUUUAUUACAA